AUGAAGAACUUCUUUGGUAGCGGCAAGAAGCCAUCAUCUUCCUCGUCUUCCUCAAGGAAGCCCACCAACGGAGCAAACGAGCAUUCGAGUCUCGACGACCGUGAACGUGACGAUACCGCUCAGUCGCACUCGGAGUCUUCGUCGCCCACCCGAUCUCCGACAAAAUCUUCUUCAUCUAGGAGAUCAUCCAGGCCUGCCUCAUACGCAGAGUCAAACAAGUCUUCACACUCGUCUAGACUCUCGAGGCAUUCUACCGACGCGGGCCACCGCUCCUCCCGCAGGCCUAAAUACGAGCCCGCCACUCACCCGCUUAACCUCCCACCCGAAGAGCGCAAACGCCUAUCUGCUCUCGCCGCCGCCAUGAACGGCAGCUCUAUGGAUAUCGACGGCGAGCCUGUCAACGGCGCCCGAGCUACCACUCCCCCGAACCCUUCCGCCCAGGCAAACUUUUCGGUGCCUAUUCCCAACGGCUCUACUCAUGAUGGCGCCCCUCCUCCUCCUCCCCAUAAGUCCAACCCCUCCAGCCCGACUCCUACGCCAAAGGAUGAUGCCGAGUCCUACAAGGCUGCCGGAAACCGUUUCUUCAAGGACAGAAACUAUUUCAAGGCUAUCGAGCAGUACAGCAAAGCUGUCGACCUAUUCCCUUUCGAUGCCACCUAUCUAGGCAACCGAGCCGCUGCUUACAUGUCUAAUGGUCAGUACGAGCAUGCUCUUGAGGAUUGCUCCCGGGCUGCCGAUUAUGACCCCCAGAAUGCCAAGAUUCUCCUGCGUCUUGCCCGCAUCUACACCGGCCUAGGCCGCCCCGAGGAAGCCAUGACAACCUUUAGCCGCAUUGACCCUCCCCCAUCUGCCAAGGAUAUGGCACCGGCCAAGGAGAUGCUGCACCAUAUUGAAUCAGCUCGCAACACCCUUCAGCGAGGCUCCGGAUCUGGCAUGUCCAUGGUUCUUCACGCUCUUGACCUUGCUGAGCGUGGCCUCGGUCCCAGCGUCACCAAGCCCCGCAAGUGGCAGUUGAUGCGGGGAGAGGCUUACCUCUUGAUGGGACGUGAGAACUCGCUGGGUGAGGCGCAGAACAUUGCCAUGUCUCUGCUGCGACAGAACAACCAGGAUCCCGAGGCACUUGUCCUUCGUGGGCGUGUGCUGUACGGCCAGGGAGACAAUGAGAAGGCUAUCCAAUGCUUCCGUAUGGCUAUUAGCUGCGAUCCUGACUUCCGUGAUGCAGUCAAGUGGCUCAGAAUUGUGCAGAGGCUUGACCGCAUGAAGGAGGACGGCAACGCCGAUUUCAAGGCUGGUCGACUGGAGGAUGCCAUCCAAAAGUAUACCAAUGCCUUGGAGAUUGACCCCUCCAAUAAGAACAUGAAUGCGAAGCUGCUACAGAACCGGGCGCAGUGCAAGAUCAAGCUUAAGCAGUUUGAUGAUGCCAUCGCUGACUGCGAACGCGCCAUUAGCCUCGAUCCUGGCUACACCAAGGCUCGCAAGACCAAGGCCAACGCGUUGGGCGGUGCAGAGAGAUGGGAGGAUGCUGUGAAGGAGUGGAAGACAGUUCAAGAGUUCGACCCCGAGGACCGUUCAGUCCUAAAGGAAAUCCGCAGGGCGGAGCUGGAGCUGAAGAAGUCUCAGCGAAAGGACUACUAUAAGAUUGUAGGCGUCGAGAAGACAGCUACACCCGACGAAAUCAAGCGAGCCUACCGCAAGAUGGCUGUCAAGCUCCACCCCGACAAGAACCCCGGUGAUGCCCACGCCGAGGAGAAGUUCAAGGACUUGCAGGAAGCCUAUGAAACAUUGAGCGACCCUCAGAAGCGAGCCCGUUAUGAUAAUGGCGACGACCUCGUCGAUCCUAGCGACAUGUUCGGCGGAGGCGGCAUGGGUGGAGGUAUGGGCGGCAUCGACCCCGAGAUUCUGUUCAACAUGAUGGGUGGCCAGGGCGGCUUCGGCGGCGGUGGCUUCCGGUCAGCUGGCGGUUUCCCUGGCGGCGGUGCCAGCUUCAGCUUUGGCGGUGAUCCUCGCCAACAACGUGGUGGUUACCCCGGCGGUUUCAACUUUUCAUGACCAGCCGACUCGGACCAAGACUCUGAGGAUCGAGAGUACGAUACAACGGACUACGAAGAGGAAGAGGAAGAGCAUGACGAUGAUGACGACUAUAAAACCCCCUUUGUCGAGAACCCACGAGCAGGAGCUCCCAAGAACAGCAAGUUCCGAGAUCAUAUCGAGCAGCGCCGAGAGGCCCAUGAUCGGCUCGUUGACACGGUACGGCGAUAUGGCACGGUGUUCCUGGCCGCAGCCGUCUUACUUCCAGCGCAAGUGGUACUCCUGGCUCUGGUGGGCAUUGGGUUCAUUUACAUUUGUAUGAGACGCGUCCGGCACCCCGGCGGAGACCGGUUGCCUACGUUCUAGAGACGUGCUUGGUCAUGUUACACACAGAGGGACAUUGCACGCAUGCUACACAAAUACCAUUGCCACGGCGUUUUUUUCAGGGACUAGUCUAGAGGAUGAGAGAGAUAGGCACAGGGCAGAGCUGCGGGACGGAGAGACCCGGCUCAUCCCUUUUGUUCAUAGUUCUGCCACGGAGGGAGGGAUAGGAUACUGGCGCGGACUCUUAGAUCGGUUCCUUGUGGGUUGCGUCCCAUGUCUGGCAUAUCAACUGUUAUGAUAAUAGAGGCUUUGUCCGCC